GGAGGCUAUAUACCGAAUUACAUUUUUUUGUUUGGAGAUCCGUUCAAUCUGGGACAGGGUUCAAAGAUCCACAUCGCAUACACCAUGAUAAUGCAAAAAGCGAUUGAUGACGGCGUAUAUAUUAAAGAAAAAGAUACAUAGACAUUUGUACUAAGAGAAUCUAUUUUCCAAUUACUGGAGACGUUUUUGUCUGGAAAAAAGCCUUACAUGUUUGAAAGGUUUGUCACUGGAACUUUGUGCCAAGUAUCAAGCUAUACAUACGGGAUGCGGAUUAAAAAUUUAAACCAUUCGACCCCUUUCACCCGAAUAAACAGUGAUGGUGUUAUCAAAAAUACUAUUGCAGAUAAUGGUAGUUAUUUAGUAUUUAUUCAGAAAGGGAAGCCAGUUUCAACAAAAGGGCUUAUAAUUCAAAUCAAUGAACUAGGCCAUACCAAUUUAAAAAUUCUUCAAUUAGAAAGUUUAACCAGUACUGUUCCGGACAAGUAUUCUCUAUUGGAUGGCGACACUCCUGGUGUUACUUAUAAUAUAUACUCCGUUGCUUUGACGAAUACUGUUAUGAAUAAAUUUGUAGUAGAAUAUGAGCAGAGUAGCAAUAAUUUAUCUAUCAAAUUAUCAAGAGGAUGCAUGGGAGGUAUUAGUGACUAUAUUUAUUACCCUUAUCACUCAACCGAAAAUAUCCUGGAGCCAUUGACACUUGCUUAUAUUUAACAUAUCACUGCUACAAUAAAAUCAACCUAUUUUUAAAC